AAUCAGAUUUCAUUAAUGUGGUGGGCGUCGUAAUCUGUGUAAACAGAGCGUGUAUUACUCAAACACGAGGAAAAAAAGCUACGUCGUAUAUGCGAACGUUCCGCUAACGUUUGUCAACGUUUAACGUUUUUGUUUUUUCGUGACUUCUUAUUUUUCAUUAUUUUUUCAUCAGGGUUCUCCGGAUAUGGGCUAAAUGUUUGCUGGCGGUGCAUAACUAUAUAAAAUGGGUUCGACGAACUCCACCCUAUUAAAAAUCCCAAACGUCGAGGUGUUGAUGCAAGAGACGGGCUUCUCGCCUGCCCACAUCAUUCGCCUCCAUGAUCGCUUUAAAGCUCUGGAUAAAGAAGGACGAGGGCAUCUCUGUCCCCAGGAUUUUGGAGAAAUAAAGGAGUUGGCAAUGAACCCAAUAGGAGACAGAAUAAUAGGUGCCUUCUUCUCCCCAGGGAAGGAAACGGUGGACUUCCACACUUUUGUGAAGAUCCUGGCUCACUUCCGGCCCGUUGACAAGGACCGACCUAAAGAGCCCAAUUCUCCCGAACCCAUCAACAGCAGGAGCAACAAACUCAAAUUUGCGUUUCAGUUGUAUGACCAAGACAAGGACGGCAAAAUUUCCAGAGAUGAGCUCUUAAAGGUUCUCCGGGCCAUGCUGGGGAUGCAGGUGACGGAAGAGCAGCUGGAGAGCAUAGCGGACCGGACUAUACAGGAAGCGGAUCUAGACCGCGAUGACGCAAUAUCUUUUGAGGAGUUUCGUAAGUCUCUGGAGAAGGUCAACAUUGACCACAAGAUGAGCAUCCGCUUCUUGCGCUAGAAUAGAGCAUCACGGGGAAGCUUGCACGACCACCUUAUACGCCUCUGUCUCCCAGCCUCAGAAAAUGGAAGGGAUGCCUGAAAUGCCCAGGACAGUAUGAUGGGAUCAGGUUCUAUCUGACUAACAGGAAUUUAAUGCGCUGGUAAUAUUUGCAUAAAAACCGCACAUUGACACAAGUUUACAGAAGCAGUGUUGGAUCAGUAAGAUUUUUUAUUAAGCCAGGGUGCAUUAAAUUAAUCAAAAGUGGCAGGAAAGACAUUUAUAACGUUACAAGUAAACACAAAUCUUUCACAGGAAUUUUAAAAUGUAUUCAAAUGAAAACAGUUCUUUUAAAUUACACUAUUUCAUAUUAUCGCCAUUUUAUUUUUGAUUAAAUAAAUGCAUCCUUGGUGAUCAAAAAAGACUUCUUGCAAAAUAAAUCUUUUAAAAUCUUACCGACCGCUGUCGGUUUUUGCAUUCUGUGUUUUGAUAAUGAAUUGAUUUUACUUAAUUGGUUGGUCAAUUUUGCAUAUAAUUACAGCUAGCAGGAAAGAGUUGUGUGUUGAAUUGUCAUAUGUCACCAUACGUGGAUUUUUUUUUUUUUCCCUCUGUGAAGUGUGAAGAUUUCCAGAGUGUGAAGGUUUAUUACAUGUGUACGCUUUCAUCUCAGUAGAGUUUUUUAGCAUCUUGUUGCAUGAAGUUUCUCAUACAUAUUUUAAAACUAUGUCAAUUUAUCCCGAAUCCUGGUAAAAAUUGUGAGGUACUUUCAGUGCAUCUAUGCUUCAUGCAAUUUUACCUACAAGUGAGAAGAAUGGCUACCUCACCUUAUUGCACUUAUGCAUGCUGUACCAAAAGCACUAAAAAGGGCUUUUUUUCAUCUUUGUAUGAAAUGCAACUGACAAAUAAGAAUUAAAUAAAAUAAUUUUGAACAGUA